GGCGGCCCGGCCGGCGAGGGCCUGGACCCGCUGUACCCCGGCGAGUCGUUCGACCCCCUGGGCCUGGCUGACGACCCGGACACCUUCGCCGAGCUCAAGGUCAAGGAGAUCAAGAACGGCCGCCUGGCCAUGUUCUCCAUGUUCGGCUUCUUCGUGCAGGCCAUUGUGACCGGCAAGGGGCCCAUUGAGAACCUGAACGACCAUCUGGCCAACCCGGCCGUCAACAACGCCUUCGCCUUCGCCACCAAGUUCACGCCCAGCGCGUAA